UAUUUCACUGUUUUUCCCCUUAUAUUGAUUAAAUUUUGAAACUUCAAUUUUUCUUCUGUACCCUGAAUGGCCCCUUACUCAUUUUUUGGAUUUGGGUCACUUUGUAUUUUAGAAUUGAACUUAGUUCCUAUGGAGUUUAUUGCUAAAUUUGCACUUCAAUUUUCAUUUAUCACAUUUCAAAUUAUUGUAAAGUUUCUGUCUUUCUGCUUUUUAAUAUAUAAAUUUGUAGCUCCUUGCUUACUUGAUAAUAUCAAGGAAAACCAACAAUUGAACUGUUUCAGAUUAUUGUAAAGUUUCUGUCUUUCUGUGUUUCUGUUUGAUCAUUUGAUUAUAGCACCUUCCCUUCUUUCUGAGUGUUUUCUCAAAGUAAUAGCAUAAGUGGAAACAGCUGGAGUUGGGUUCUUGUUCUGGAUCUACAAAAGUAUGAGAAAAUGAAAGAAAGUGAGUGUGAAAAGGGAAUAUUCUCUUUGUAAUAGUUCCGUGCUCUAUAAUCUUUCUUUCACAUAUUUUUUUAAGUUCCUACUUCCUAGUGUGAAGGUUCAGUGGGAUUUGUCUUUUUUGUGCCGCACUGAGGGAGAUUAAAGAGGAAAAAUGCCUUUUUAUAUGCUUUUCUUUUUUAUAGUGAGGAGAAAAGGUUGGAGGAAGGGGUUUGUUAAUGCUCAACUUAAUCAUUUCUUUAUGGUCUUUUUGGGUAUAGUUAUAGGAAGGCUAUUUCUAUUUCUGGUCAUGUUAAAUCAAUGAGAAAAGUAGUUCUUUCUAUAUGGUGAGUGGUUUGCUGUUUAUGGUAUUGGAAUUUCAAUUGAAGCAAUGUUUUUGUGUCAAGUAAGUUGCACCUUGACUAAUCCACCUUCUGGUUUGGUCAAAAGAAGGCCAUGACCAUCCACUCGGCCUUACAACUUACAAGGAUAUUGCUUGGAGCGCAACCUUUAAUAUGAGGAUACCUUUUUUCAGCUUAUGAGUGACCUUGUCGAGUUUUCUUCCAUGACGGAGUAUGAUUUGACAGCCGAGGGAGAUCUGUUUAAAGCACCUGAACCUAUUAUUGAAGAGCCAGUCAUGGACCUGGAUUCCAUGACAGCAGCCAUGCCGAUGAUAUCUUGCGGGGAAGAUGUGUCCUCACAGGCACUGGAAUCCACAGAUAUUGAUAUUCUUCAAAAUGAACAGCUUCUGAACGAGGUAUUCUAUGAAUGCAAAAAGGAUCUCUUACAAAAUGCAGCAUUAGUGUCACCACUUUCUGAGAUUCUGGAAGUCAAGAUUCCUUUACUGAGCAUUGAUGAGAAUUCAAUUCAAGAAAACAAGCCACUUCCUGACAUGCCAUUACCAAAGAGCGUCAGUUCCGGAAGUUUGAGCUCAAUGGACUGGAUGCAAGGAGCUGCGAUGAAGCCUGCUUUCCUUGAUAUCCCUGGAAUAGAUCUCAGCGCAGUUUAUGGCAUGCGGAGAUCGUUUAGUGAAGGUGAUAUAAAGACUCUUGGUAAUGGUAAUAUGAACAUCGUCCAAUCUCCCCAUGAGAGGCCUUUUUUUAGCAGCAACUGCACAAGUGAGGAACGCCUGCAAAAGCUCUCUAGAUACAGGAAUAAGAAGACAAAGAGGAAUUUUGGGAGGAAAAUCAAGUAUGCUUGUAGGAAGGCUCUUGCUGACAGUCAACCGAGAAUCCGCGGAAGAUUUGCAAAGACCGAAGAAUCUGAGGUGAAGAGGGAAGGAUUUUGAACUGAUUUGGUAGGAAGAAAGUAGGAAUCAAGUGGCUAAAUCAGAUCAAGCAAUAUGAAGAGCUCGACAUUGUAAUAUGUGCUUGGUAGAGCUGAACAGAUAAUGGCCAAUAAACCAGGCCUCGAACUUCUUUCCUAGGGUAGUUGAGUUCAUCUCUUAUCUGCUGUAUUAACUGUCUCUGUAAACUGAAAUGACCUUCUGAAUAUGUAUAUAGGUUUGUUUAAUAAAAGAAGGGUGAGAAAGCUGGUACAAUGUUCAUAUAUAUGUGAUGGAAUGGCAAUGUUUAGUGGCACUAGUUAUUUUUCUGAAAUGGAUCUUCCAAUUUCUUUGA